AUGCCCUCCGAUUCCGACGUUUUGUCCGCGCCUUCUCUAUUGGUCGCUCACUUUUCGGCCGUUUCGUGUUCGGCCGCUUUGUUCGGUCUUUUAACCCUUUAUUGUUCGCCAAUUGUUCCCAAAGCUCUUCAGAGACUGUUUCGUUAUGGAAAGACCGCCGAAACUCAUAAAUCGGUUCUUCAGGUUCCCAAACGAUGGUUCCAACACUUCUAUGUCUUCGCUUCUCUUCUCUACGCUCUGCUCUUCCUUUCGCUUCUCCGUCUCUAUGUCUUCCAACUGCCCGUUCCCCAACUCCUGGCUCUCCUUUUGGACACUUGCGUCGGUCAGAGUCGUCGUCCCGUUUGUAGCGCUGAAUCCGUCGUCCUUUCGAUGCUUUUAAUGUGUCUUCAAGUGUGUCGUCGUCUCUACGAAUGCACGCGACUCUCUGUCUUCUCUCAAGAUGGCAAAAUGGCGGCCGCGCAUUACUUCUGCGGAUUUUCCUUCUAUUUAGGCGUCGGACUCGCUCUUCUCGCGGACGCACACGGAUUUCCCGGCACCCCCGACUCGCUUCCGCCGCAACUGCAAUGGACGGCCAUUUUCCGCUUGAAUCACAUCAUUGGAAGCGUUCUCUUCUUAAUCGCAAAUUUAAUUCAAUUCAAAAGUCAUUCAAUUCUCGCAAAUCUUCGUAAAGACAGAAACGGUCGUGUGGUCACUUUCCAGCACUCGAUUCCUCGCGGAUCGCUCUUCGAAUUGGUGUCUUGUCCGCACUAUUUCGCCGAAAUCGUUGUCUACUUCUCGCUGGCCGUCGUCCUCGCCUUCCAGUCGCCCAAUUGGUGGCUGGUCUUUGCCUUCGUGACAACAAAUCAAUUAAUUGUCGGUCUUUUCAAUCAUUACUGGUAUUUAAAGCGUUUUCCCGAUUAUCCGUCGAAACGAAAAGCUGUAAUUCCUUUUCUAUUGUAA